AUGCCCAUCCGGAUCCGCCUCCAAGCGCCCAACGGGCAGCACACGCUCCAGCUCGACGACAAGGCCGCCGUCUCCGACCUGCUCUCCGCCAUUGCCGACAAGACAGACCUCCCGCUGUACGAGCUAAAGUGGAACUUUCCCCCGCAGCCACUCGACCCGUCGCUCUACGGCCUGUCGACGGCCCUGCAAGACACGGACCUCCGGCUCGACGGCGCCUCGAUCAAGGUCAUCGGCCAGGCAACGGGCGACGCCAGCGAGAACAAGGAGGACGGCGCCCUCGACGCCAGCACACGGCAGUCGGCAGCCCCGCUGUCGCUGCAGCGCAAGGAGACGGCGCUCAAGGACACGCCCGAGGUCUUUGUCCCCGACAGGAACGGGACCGUGGUGCUGCGCGUCAUGCCCGACGACAACUCGUGCAUGUUCCGAGCACUCGGCAGCGCAGUGCUCACCCACACGCUCGACUCGAUGACCGAGCUGCGAUGCAUGGUCGCCCAGGCGAUCCAGCGCGACCCCGUGCUCUACAACGAAGCCGUGCUGCAGCGGUCGCCCGACGAAUACUGCCGGUGGAUAUCCCACUCGGACUCGUGGGGCGGCGGCAUCGAGCUGAGCAUUCUCUCGCAAGAGUUUGACAUUGAGAUUGCCAGCAUAAACGUGCAGGACCUGCGCGUAGAUCGCUUCAACGAAGGCAGGCCGCGCCGCUGCAUGCUCGUCUACUCGGGCAUCCACUACGACACCAUUGCGUUUGUGCCCGCGGGCUCGCCGACGUACAGUCCAGAAAAGGACGUCAAGCUCUUCGACGCCAAGGACCAUGUCCUACUGCAAGCUGCCAGGGAGCUGUGUGGGCAGCUCAAGAAGCAAAAGUACUACACGGACACGCAAAAGUUUGACGUCCAGUGUAACAAAUGCGGCUGGAAAGGCGCCGGCGAGCGCGGCGCCUUGCAGCACGCCCAGGAGACGGGGCACGUCGACUUUGGCGAGGCCAACUAG